GUUUGUGGAUCUUGAACAUGCGUCGGAAAUGGAGAUCUAGACCCGGGACUGGUACAAAAGCUAAGUUUGUGAAUCUUGAAACAUGUCGUGAAUGGAGAUCUGGACUCAGAACUGGUACAAAAGCUAAGUUUGUGGAUCUUGAAAAUGCAUCGUGA